AUGGCGACAGAUGAGCUGAAGAGCCGUCCGGGAUGUCAAAUUGCCUACCGAUCGUUCAAUCGCGGCGCCUCGAAAGGAACAGUCCUCAUACCGACAUGUUUCUCAGGUCGGAUUGACAAGACGCGCAAUUUCACCUCCGGCGCCUUGAAAGACUACCAUGUGAUUGUGGUUGCUAUGCUCGGCAAUGGAGAGAGCUCCAGUCCCUCGAAUGACAUCAAUUUCCCGUCAGAUUACUCACUGCGCUACGAGGAUUGUAUCAAUUCGCAGUAUGCCCUUCUCACACAACACCUCGGUGUUCGGGGUCUCGAGGCCGUGAUAGGCUUCUCUAUGGGUGGCCAACAAGCGUAUCACUGGGCGGUCAUGCAUGGCUCGGGCUCGAACCCCUUCGUAAAAACGGCAGUGGUCAUCUGCGGGAGUGCCAAAACCUCCGGAUUGAACUAUGCCUUUUUAGAGGGUCCGACAGCCGCACUGCUCGCCAGUCGUGACUACGAUCAGGGCCGGUACAAGCAGAACGGCGUGAAGCCCACCGAAGGGCUACGAGCGUUCGGCCGAGUCUACGCGGCAUGGGUGCCGAGCGCCGAAUGGUUCCGACAGGAGCUCUGGAGGAAAUCCGGUGCGCAAAGCGUACACGAGUGGAUGAACCCUCCGAUCGGCACGUCGAGCUAUGAAGAUUGGGAUCCGGAGGAUCUCCUCACCAUGGCGCGGAUGUGGCAGGCGGGAGAUGUGGGCAUUGUUGCGGGAGGGGUAGAUUACAAGCAAGCGCUGGCGGGAAUUACGGCGAGGGUUCUGGUCAUGCCUUGUGAGACGGACCAGUACUUUUCGGCGGAAGAUGGGAAGACUGAAGUUGAAUAUCUGCGACACGGCGUCUAUCGGCCUAUUUCGUCUGUUUGGGGGCAUAUGGCGGGAGCUGGCGUCGAUCCAGCGGACGCGGAUUGGAUGGAUGAGAGGAUUUCGGAAUUUCUAGAAGGAUGAUGACUGAAUUGUACAGGUCUGGAACUAGGAAAGACAUCUUGAAGACACCGCUGCGAUGCCAGGAUGUUGAGAUGGGUCUAUCAGCCGAAAAGUGAAUUCCCGUGGUCCA